UUUUGAAAGCAGCUCUGUGAUAGGACUUCCGCCAGUCUCGUGCAGGCAGACGAAUGUGCUCGGCUUGUGCCUUCGGGUGGUUUUCUCCUCCGUCACUGUUGUAUGGGGCUCCGGCCCGGUGUCCGACCAGCCCCUGCUGCUGAGAAACGUUAGAGAAAUGUGUCACCCGUGUGCGGAGGAGGCGAGAGACACCAGCUUCAAUAAAACAGAUAAACUAUCAUGAUUCCCAUCACAGAGCUCCGGUACUUUGCUGACACCCAGCCAGCGUACCGUAUCCUGAAGCCAUGGUGGGAUGUUUUCACCGACUACAUCUCAAUCGUCAUGCUGAUGAUUGCAGUGUUCGGUGGCACACUGCAGGUCACGCAGGACAAGAUGAUCUGCCUGCCUUGCAAGUGGGUGGUCAACAGGUCAUGCGAGACCAUGCCCGUCCCAAACAUGACCACCCCCUAUGUACUUGAACCCAAAGGCAUUCAGUAUGACCUCGACCGCCAUCAGUAUAAUUAUGUUGACGCUGUCUGCUACGAGAAUGAACUGCACUGGUUUGCCAAAUAUUUCCCCUAUCUGGUGCUACUCCACACCCUCAUCUUCCUGGCCUGCAGCAACUUCUGGUUCAAGUUUCCCCGCACAAGCUCUAAACUGGAGCAUUUUGUCUCCAUUCUCCUCAAGUGCUUUGACUCCCCAUGGACAACAAGGGCUUUGUCUGAGACCGUGGUGGAGGAGAGCGACCCCAAACCUCCGGGAAAAAUGAACGGUUCAAUGGACAAGAAGGCCUCAUGUGUGAGUGAGGACGUUGAAGCUAGCGUGCCCAUGCUUCAACGAACAAAGUCCAGAAUCGAGCAAGGAAUUGUAGAUCGCUCUGAAACUGGGGUUUUAGAUAAAAAAGAAGGGGAGCAAGCUAAGGCCCUUUUUGAGAAAGUGAAGAAGUUCAGGAUCCACGUAGAGGAGGGUGAUAUAGUCUACCGUCUUUACAUACGCCAGACCAUCAUCAAAGUAAUCAAGUUUAUUCUGAUAAUUAGCUACACAGCCUACUAUGUACACUACAUCAGGUUCAGUGUAGUGUGUGCGGUGAACCUUCAGAAGCUAACAGGGUACAGCACGUUCUCUUGUGCCCACCCGUUAGCAACACUUUUCAAGAUUCUGGCCUGUUUCUACAUCAGCUUAGUAGUGGUUUAUGGUCUUAUCUGCAUGUACACUCUGUGCUGGAUGCUCAGCCGCUCCCUCAAAAGAUAUUCCUUUGAAUCAAUCCGGGAGGAGAGCAGCUAUAGUGACAUUCCUGACGUGAAGAAUGACUUUGCUUUCAUGCUACACAUGAUAGAUCAGUAUGACCCUCUCUACUCCAAGCGCUUUGCAGUUUUUCUGUCAGAGGUGAGUGAGAACAAGCUGAGGCAGCUGAACCUGAACAACGAGUGGACGCUGGAAAAGCUAAGGCAGCGCAUCACUAAGAACUCCCAGGAUAAGCUGGAGCUGCAUCUGUUCAUGCUCAGUGGGAUCCCAGACACAGUAUUUGAUCUGAUAGAGCUCGAAGUGCUCAAGCUGGAGCUUAUCCCAGACGUAACUAUCCCGCCAAUCAUCGCCCAGCUUUCCAACCUGAGAGAGAUGUGGCUCUAUCACACACCGGCUAAAAUUGAGGCUCCAGCUCUGGCUUUCCUGAGGGAGAACCUGAAGUCUCUCCACAUCAAGUUCACCGACAUCAAGGAGAUCCCCCUUUGGAUCUACAGCCUGAAGAACCUCAGUGAGUUGCACCUAACCGGGAACCUUAGUGCCGAGAACAAUCGUUACAUCGUCAUUGACGGGCUCAGAGAGCUCAAAAGGCUCAAAGUGCUACGUCUGAAAAGCAACCUGACCAAGCUGCCGCAGGUAGUGACGGAUGUGGGCGUCCACCUCCAGAAGCUCUCCAUCAACAAUGAGGGCACCAAGCUGAUGGUGCUCAACAGCCUGAAGAAAAUGGUCAACCUGACAGAGCUUGAGCUCGUCCGCUGCGAUCUCGAACGCAUCCCUCACUCCAUCUUCAGUUUGCACAACCUGCAGGAGAUCGACCUGAAGGACAACAAUCUGAAGACAAUAGAGGAGAUCAUCAGCUUCCAGCACCUGCACCGGCUCGUGUGCCUGAAGCUUUGGUACAACCAGAUUGCCUACAUUCCCAUUCAGAUCGGAACACUCACCAACCUGGAGAGGCUGUAUCUAAACAGAAACAAGAUUGAGAAAAUCCCCAGCCAGCUUUUCUUCUGCCGCAAGCUACGCUUUUUAGACCUGAGUCACAACAAUCUGACCAGCAUCCACGCCGAUGUAGGCUUCCUCCAGAACCUGCAAUACUUUGCUGUGACAGCAAACAGGAUCGAGACUUUGCCCCCUGAGCUCUUCCAGUGUAAGAAGCUGCGUACUCUGAAUCUGGGCAAUAACUGCCUGCAGACGCUGCCAUCACGCUUCGGAGAACUCACCGGCUUGACCCAGCUGGAGCUGAGAGGGAACCGUCUAGAGUGUCUCCCUGUGGAACUCGGCGAGUGUCGGCUGUUGAAGAGGAGCAGUCUGGUGGUGGAGGAGGACCUGUUCAACACGCUGCCAUCAGAAGUCAAAGAACAGCUUUGGAGGGCUGAUAAGGAGCAAGCUUGAGCCAAACCUCAGUGGUGAGAUGCAAAGGAGAGAAGUUUGAUUUGAGAAACAAACGAGCAGUUUUUUUUGUCUAUAAAUAAAGGCAAACCUUGAGAGGUUUGCAGCAUUGUUCAGAAAAGUGAUGAGGCUUCCCUGACAGGAUCUAUAUAAGCAUGGAUGUCAAAUUUCAAGACCUCCAAGAAUUUAUUUUUGGAAAUCUCCGGGUUCACAGUCGUCAAGGAAAAAUCCUGUAACCAACCUGAUGAAAGGUGGUUUAGUAAUGUGGCUUUUCUGUAAUUUCACCCUAAAGAUCAAGCUGCAAGGAUGCAAACAGGUGAUGUCGAAUAUGCAUGCCACAGUAGGACCUGUCUAAAGCAAACCUGUUUAUUGGAAAGAGCCAAAAAACAGAAAAAACUUUGCACAAUUUCAGCCUUGCCAGUGAGCUUAACGUGCUCACUAUCACUUCUCUGCUGGCUGUGGGAUACAUGCACAAUUAGAACAUGCUCAAAGCAAUGUUUGCCUGACCUCUGGCCUUGAGAAAAUUAAUUUGGAAAUUUUUACAGUUACAUUUGCAGUUGUGGUGCAGUGCGAUUCUGGCAGAUGUUAGAAAAAAAUAAUAGCGCAACUGGCAGCCAAUUUGUUGAGGCAUGAAGGUUUGCCCCUUUUGUUUUCUUCAAGCUCUCUGUACGCACCAACAUACUUGGAGGCAUCUUUUUGUGCAAACAAAAUGACUGUGGCGACAAUAAAUAGAUCAUCCGACAGGUGAUCUCACAGCUUAGGCCUUAACUUAGAAGACUGAUGAAACAACAUCAAAGAAAAGCUGUAGAAUAUUCAAUGGAAACAAAUGGGAACAAACGCUACAGUACAAUGUCUAAAUAUCCUGCAGUUGUUAUUUCUUAAAGUCUACCAGUGGGCAGGUUAUUUGUCAGCUGCGGAGGUGAAGCAAGCUUUACCUUAUUUUGCAUGACUGAACAUCACAUACAUUACUGAUGUGUCUUAUUAAGGUCUGUGUGAUGGGCUUUAUAUCACUGCGUUUGGCCCUGUGGAAACAAAGUCAAGAAUUGACUCUGAGAUACAUAAUUUGGUGCUUUGAAAAGCUACCACACGCUGGUAUCAUGUUUGUGCUCUAACACUCAAGUAAUACAUAAUGAAGAUUCAGUGAGUGAGUGAAUGCCACACAAUGAGAAUUUAUUUUAAGCUUAUUAUGGGACAUACACCUAAUAAUCAAAGAUUUUAAGUGACCUUUGUUCAACUGAAGGCUAAUGUAUAUGUUGCUUCUUUGACAAGACUGUAAUUACACAAUGCGUCCUCCUGCUCACAUACAGUUUGCCGUCUCUGUAUUAAAGUUACAGAGAUGCAAACAUUCAGAAAACUCCCUGUCAUGGUUGGUUUCUUUGUCUUUAAUAAAUGAAAACAUAUGCAAGCUUGCACAAUGCUAAUCAUACAACUUCUACAUAAUGUAGAUCAAUAAAAGGAGCAAGAAUCAAGGUACUUUUUACGCUCAGUUUGAUUUUGAAUUAUGAGAUCUUAGGUGAUUGUUACUUUUAUGGCACUUCCAAGUGGAUGAACUGCAGGUGUGAGACAGGAGAGUCUUAACUAGCUGCCAGGUACUGCCAGUCUCAAAAAGGGAAGCAUUGAUAUUAGUGACUCAAGUGCCCAGCUGUUUCUGUGCUAGUCCUUAUAUUUAUCAUGCUCGGAUUACUCCAGGGGAAGCUCGACAUUUGUCAGCACUUUGUUUAUCCAUUCGAGAGAAAGAUGUGGACAAACAGGAAAUUACAGAGUGAAGGAAACUGGUUCUGACCAACCCACACAAGGGAAACAUUUAUUCGCAGAGAGAGUAUGCAGAAUAUGUGAUUUCCACAUGCAUGGUCCAAAUUAGUGCAACAGUGCUUCGUCUGCUUGAAACACUUUUCUUGUUAAGGCCUUGGAUUUAAUAGCAUCGUUUGGAGUAAACCUGCUAUGUUUACUCCAGCAAGGCAUUUCUUGUUGCUAAUAUGGCCUUACCUUUUACAAGCCGAAUGCUCUGUUAAUGAUCACACACAUCACAUUCACUACUUGUUGUUUUCAUGCGUUGUAAAAUGUAAAGCUGAAAUGUGUAACGUCUUUGUUUGAUGCAUAUCGGUCAUAUGGUAUGUGGUCUUAUUGUUACCAGCUGUUUCUUUUUUUUAUUUUAGCUAUUUAAGAGGUUGAAGGGAAGCGUCAGUGUAAUAAUACAACUGUACCUUUGUUCACAGUGAAUUUUGUUUCAUUGAGGCCUUGGCUAAAUCCAAAUGCCCUUCUAGGGGUCACUGGGUAAGUGUGCUCCCACACAGUCUUCAAGUGCAGUCCUGUUGUCUUGAACGUGUUGACCAGCAGCCAGUGUUAAAGUUAAAGCAAAGGUCACAGACAAAAAGGAGCAGAUGACCCUAGAGAAAGGCAGUAAGUAGUCAAAGGAAUCAUCAUUCUUUUCCUGCCUGUGUAAAAAAAAUGUGUAAUUGUUUUAAGUAUUUAUUCCACUUUGAUAUACCUGCUCUGGUUUAAUUUUUGUGGUGCCAAGUAAGAACAAAAACACGUUUUUCAUCACAUUCUGCAGAUAGUGACUGCUGACCUGUUGGAUGCCAAACAAUGAAUGGAUAUCAAGUAAUUUAGGCACUAGCACAUUAAACUGCGAAAAAAUAUAUACCUUAUAGUGCAGUAGCUGGCCAUAGAUACAGGGACAAGUUGUAGGACAACUUUUACGUCACUCCAAAGUGAAUUUGAUAUGGUAACAUGGCUCAUUGUAAUGGUGCAGUGCAGUGCAGUGCUGCUGACACAAAAAAAUCUCCCUCCUGCAGUGCACCACAGAGUGUCAAAUUAGGACGUUCAAACAAUGCACAUCACUCAUUGUUUCAGGCCUCAACUUGCUGGUCAUGUUAUUAGAGGUUGCAUAGUCACAGUUACUUAUACUUUUUUCAUCCUUAUUUUUUCAGGACAAGUUCUGAUGUAUUUUUAACCCUAAAUUCUUUCUGGAUAGAGCAGGUGUUCUUAAUUACACUUAAAGUUUAAGAGUGCCAUAGAAUAUUUCUCAGGGCAUCACUGGGAGCUUAUUCACACCCAAUCAGAGUAGUUGGAUUAGCUAAAAUUGCCAUAUAUACGUUGAUAUAUUCGUAUAUCAGGCCUUUGUCCAUUUCCGCUUUAUUGCGGACAGUCUACGUCAGCAUCACAACACAUCUGUAGUCACCCAAAUGUGUCUGAGUUGCGUUUUUUUCCUGCUAACGUUUGGAUUUAUACCCACAAAUAAUGUGGCCAGGAAUUGCUUAAGUAAUUUUUUCUGACUGCCAGAGCUAUGACUACAGCCACAUACAGUCCCUCACCGUCACUUCCCUCUGAGUCACGAGUUGACCGUCUUGAACCUGUGGCCCCACUCCCUUUCUUGCACAUCAGCGUCAGUGAAUUAGUGUGAAGGUCUGAGAUGAGGUCAGUCAGCCAUUUGCAGAGCCCCGAAAAGAGGAAGUCAUAGUGACUAAUGAAGUGCCCCUUAGUUACAAGAAAUCCCCAGCACUUUAAUUAUCGUGUCUCAUAUAAACACAUUGACCAGCCUCAAUCAAUACAUUUAAACGUUUUUUCCACUCUGUGCAAAUGAGCUAAAAUAGUUGCUUUUCAGUUUUGCUUUCUCUCUCUUGAAUUUAUGUGUAAGUAUCAAAAAUAUGCUUCUGUUUGUAUGUUUUGUAUACUUUUAGUGGUGUAGUUUGUGUGAAGCAGCAUGAUUGAUCAGUUUAUUCUGACACAGAAUUAAGUCAUUUGGAGCCACAGAGGCUUUUACAGAUGGUUUGACAAUGAAAGUUGCCGAUUUCUUGGAACGCAGCUCCUUUCCCCAAAAACAAGACAGGAUUUCACAACUGAACAGAAACAACUCCUGACAAUCUAACAUACACUUAAAGGAGGUGAGCUCAUCUUCCAGUGUGGGCAUUGUGCGUAACAGUACACAUCAUCUGUUAAUAUCUGCAACAUUUCUGAAGAGUGUACAUUUUUGCACGGUUGCAUACCAUUUCAGUUGAACCCCAAAAACAUUGCAUUAUUCAAAAAACUGCCAUUGCAUUGACAUCUAAUCUCUACCUAUGUAUAAAGCGUUUUUUAAAUACCCGAUUGUAUUUACUAUGUACGAUAAAUUCAUCUGUAUUCUGAUGCCUGUAGAUCAGGGAUAUAUGAAAACAGUUUGUUGGUUUCAUAUUCAUUUCAUUUUGCGGCAUGAGUUUGUUGAUGCUGAACUUGUGUGCAUUAUAGCCAUACUGAAGGCUGCCCAAUUAACCCCCCUAGCGACAGUCAUAGCUGAAUAUAAGCCUGUAAACUGGAUGGACAGACUUGUUUUGAUCAGCACUGUCUGUAUCACACGUGACAAGGCCUUUAUUAAUUAAUUGUCGCCAAGUGGAUUGAACACUGGCUUUUUAAGCGGGACGUCUGUAUCAAUGAACAACUGAACCUUGAUUUCCUAAUGUUCAGACCCUACUUUUGUACCAUUCUGACACAUGAUAAUAAAAUAAACACUUAACUCUA